UGAAUAUAGUGCUGCAGUUUCCUCACAGCAAAUUAUUAUCGAGACAAAUCUAUGAAUACAAACUACUGUUACUAUUUAUUAUAGCACACGAAUAAUGAGUUUUACAUAUUCAUAUUAAUAACAAUUUUACUUUUAUUAACACUAUACAGUCUAUAGUUAAAAUUUAAUGUAAUGCAGUUCCUCGCUGUGACCACCUGGAAACUUAAUCGUUGGCUACUAAACAGUAAUAUUGCAAUUAUCUUUUGUAUCAAUACGUACAAUACAUUAUUAUUAUUGAUAUAUAUUUGUACAACUCAUUAUUUGUUGAUUAUUACCGGAUUAAGCAGAUCAUACCUAGAUUAACUCAUUUUAACCAGUCUGCCUGCUACAGACGUUGAAGCUAGAGUCAAUUCAGACACGAUAGCAUACUAACAUUUCCGGUGAGCUCUUUCAAAAAUAAAUAGGAUUAUGUUUUUGUAUUUUUGUUGUUUUUGUGUAUCGCACCGGUAAUAUGUAUGCAAACGAUAGGUGACGUUUCAACAGAUCAAUUUAUCAAAAGCACCUACUGUCCUAGCUUUUUACUGUUUGUAAUUUACAAUCUUAGUCUUUCUUAUUGGAGUAUACAUACUUAUACUACACAUUUCUCACUUGUCAUCUUGUGUUUUGUGUGUUCUUUUUGUUUUAAAUACCCUGCCUGUUUGAAACAUAAUCAACAUUGACGCGGGGUGUAAAUCCGUGUGAACGGAUGUUGACUCUCAUCAGGAGACAAGCUGCUAACGUCAAAGUACUUCAGUUAACGUGACACCGCCGUCGGGAAGCAUCUCUCUCACAACCAGGUAGUGGCCAGAUUCUUCAGGCGGAGUCUCUCUUUUCCCAGUUGCAGGAUAAAAGUCCAGAGGAGUUCUGCUGGUAGCUCCGCGUCCGACCCCUUCCCCUUUACAGACAUCCGGCCAGUAUGUCCAGUGAUCCUCCUCCUCCGUACCCUGGAGGUCCCAGUGCCCCGCUCAUCGAGGAGAAGAAUGGACAACCUGUAACAGGUCCUGUAAGAAGUGCUCCUGUAGAGGGACAGCCGUUGCCUCCAGACUACGGUCCUCCACCCUAUGAGGCCACACACCCAGGCUUCCUCCCCCCACAUGUCCCUGGAGAGGGGCCCAUGCCCAUGCCAAUGCCUCCACUACAACCAGGUGGCCCCUACCCACAUCCGCCCGGUCACUUUCCUCACCCGAUGCCGGGACAGAUGGGCCCUGGUCCCAGUCAGUUUGUCCACAUGGGGGGUCACACAGCGACCGUACUGGCUCCUCCAGGAGCAGCUACCACUGUGACCGUACUGCAGGGGGAGAUGUUCCAGACCUCACCGGUGCAGACUGUGUGUCCGCACUGUCAGCAGGCAAUCGUCACCCGCAUCUCCCACGAUGUUGGCCUCAUGAACUCACUCUUCUGCCUCUUCUGCUUCUUCGUAGGGUGUGAUCUUGGCUGCUGCUUGAUUCCCUGUCUGAUUGAUGACCUCAAGGAUGUGACGCACUCCUGCCCGUACUGUAAGGGCUACAUUUACACAUACAAGCGUAUAUGCUAACCACCGACAGCUGUAUGCUAGAGACAUGUCCAUGCACACACGUAAACUCACAGCUCCUCCUGCUGGUAGUGACAGCCCCCCCAUUUUGCAAAGUGUUGUGUAGCUUUCUUAAAUAGUGCAGUUUUCUCAUUAGUUCACAUAAUAUUUACUGUAUAUAUCUUUCAGCAGAAUUCUUUCAUGUAUAAACAUUAAUUUGAAGUGUACAGAAGCUGUAGGGCACUAACACACACACAGGGACGGAUAGGCAGCAGGUCCGUGGUGCAUCUCAUCCUGUAAGGAAUCCUGGAGAAAAGGCAUGUGAAGGUAUGCAUGUUAGUGGGUAAAAACAUCCGGAUGGACAGGAAGGAAACGAAAGCUGUGAAAAUGGUCAUUAUUUAUUUCGAUUCAUCUGUGAAUCUCACUGGAAAGCGUAAUGAGGUCGAACAUGCUGCGUUAGCCUCAUCGUUUGUUUUCUUAUUUAUUUAUUAAAAUAUUUUAUCGACUAUUUUAACAAGUUAAUAUUGAGAACUGUGAACAUUUCUGUCCAUGUCUGAUCAGUUUCUUCUAACGGACCUAGUUUUCCUUUUGUUAUUAUUAUUAUUAUUAUUAUCCCUUUUUGAAUGUGAGCAAACUAACGAACCAUUUCAGCUUUAUUAAACUGAUGUAUUUGCUUGUUUGGGAAUGACCAAGAUUGAUGUUUCUUGCUAUAUUUAUUAAUCUUCUGAGCUUCAGUCACAAAAUGUUCAGUGAUUUACGGUUACGUCCCUCUGUCCAUGAUGUACUUCAUUUUGAUAAUAAAGCCAAGAUUUGCACUUUAAGUUGGAAUUUAAUUUCCCCUGCUGAUACAUUCAUAUUACCCAUCAACCCCUGCUGUCAUUAGUCUUUGAGGACUUGCAUCGUCGUCUCAUGAGUAAGAGCAGUGCAUCAUAGCAGACUUAAAGUAGAGCCGACAGAGUUUCACUGUCACUGAUAGAGACGCACCGACAAUUUAGCAAUCACAUGUCCUCUCUAUAAAAAAAAAAGGUGCCAGCAAACACGUUACAGUGGCGGCACCAUCAUUAUCACAGAGCAUUGUUCAGCCUAUAACCCUCCUAAUGUGGCAUAAGCCCUUUAAGAUUACCCGCAUUGCUAAGAUGCAUGUUAGAGAAUACCGAUGUCUUUUGACCAAUACUAAAUAGAGACCUCUGCUCGGAGUCAGCUUCACAAUACAUGAUUGUAUCCGACAUUGUGAUUCCAUUGAGAUGCUAUCAGACAACCAUUGUCUGCCCACCACAGCAUGCCCAAUCUGCGGUUCACAAAGUGCAGUUUGUCUGCAUGAGCCACACAUCGAAACAAAUGAUUCUCACCGGCUAGUUUCUUGACUCUAUGCAUUUGAGUUAUUUUCUUCUUCAGGAUAGUUAAACUGUGCAAGGAAGUACGUUUUGAGUUGAAGUGCAUCAAACUUUUAAUUAUUGCCAUUGUUGUGGGUCUGUGCAAGAAGUGUAAUUAUUUUGCCGUUGUAUAAUGAACUGUCAGUUUAGGGGUAUUUCAUAAUCUCACUGGUCUACUUGUGCUACUGUGUUCUGCUACGUGUUCGUUGUUUGAUAGCCGAUGCUGCCUCUACGUGGUUAAUGCUCGGCCUGUGUUACUGUCGCAUUGAAUGAACGCGUGCAAUGCAAUUCAGCACCAAAAUGUCAGCUUGUUCCAUUUUACAACUUUAAUAAUAAAAAUUGAGUAAAGGGAGUCAGAAACAGAGACGACUCGCCUUCAAAAUAAAAGUAUAUAUGAAGUCAUGUUUCUGCCUCUUUCCCACAGAUUGUGAAUAAAUUGCCAAUUGGCACAACCACU